UUCUUUCCAGUGAACUUUGUUUCUUGUUUCUUAUUAUUCAAAACAGCAGCUCUUCUUAUUCUUAAACCAUUUGAUUUCCAAUGGAUAUUCUGCGGCAGUACUUCUGGUUGUGGCUGAUGCUCGGGAUCAUUUUUGUGUGUUUGGUCAUUGGCCUCAUUUUCGCCUUGAUCAACAUGUGCAUCCUGCAGAAAGGCAAACACAGAAUCUCACUGCGUCACAAAGGCUCCAAAGACAAUGAAGACAAAUACCAAGAGUGGAAUCAGACUACGGCGCCCUUGCCUCCUCGCACCCAGUUCCUGUUAGCAGAGGCCAGGAGCUAUGAGAACAUUGGCGAGGUUUCCGACCACGGAAAAACAUUGUCCCACCAGCUACAUAACAAUGGGCAGAACAUGGCCGCCCUUCCUGAACAUACGCAGAUCCUGGACCAAGAUCCGAACUCCACCAACCUCCACAACCAAGAUCAGACCCUGACCAACUUCCAUAAUCCAGAUCAGAACCUGACCAACCACCACAACCAAAAUUUGAACCUCCAUAACCGACAUCAGCCCUUGACCCACUUGCGUAUCCAAGAUCACUACUUGAGCAAUCUCACUAACCAAGAGCAGAAUCUGGGCACCCUCCAUAACCAACAUCAGCACCCUACCCACCUUUCCAACCAAGACUGGACCAUGACCAAUCUCCACAACCAAGAUCCGAACCUGACCGACUUUAAUGACUAUGAGCAGAUCCCAGAUGAGCAGCCAGACUACGUGGUGGUAGAGGACCGAGAGGAAGAAAUGUUACCCCUGGUUCUAUCGUACGAGAAAAUACUUGAUCUGUCGGAAGACACCGCUGAGGAUUAUGACGACAUCGACGACAAACCCCAGGAUGAGCAGGACUAUGACGACGUUGCUUGAGUCUCUAUUCUGGACAUAAUAAACUGUUCAGUCCGUUGGGUCUUGGUCAGGGGCGAAUGCCAGGCUAAUCUACAUAGAAGAAACCUCAAUAGAGGUCAAGCCCUGUUCUUUUUACAGCUACCUGGUUUUUCUUUAAAGCUGGCGUUUAAAGGAGGUGAGACAUUUAUUUGUUCAGCUGUGAGAUGAUGCAAGGUCGACAGCGUCGUGAAGAGUCCAAUUCGUGUGGUCGACCGCUAACGUUAGCUGUUAGCGCUACGUUAGUCAUUCAUUUCUUUUUCCGCUUGACUUUUAAUGGUACCCGAUGGUUUGUGUUCGACCUUGGAGGUUCCCCUAUAUUUUUAAAUAAGAUGUCUAAUGUAGCGCAGAAUGUUGUUUGAUGCAAGUUGCAUGAGCUUGUGUGUAAGGCCUAAAUAUUAAAUGAUGAUAAAUAAUACAAGACACAAGUUGUGAGCAGCUCCCCUGUUGUGACAACGGGGGCUCUGAGCUGUCUUCACAGUCGCGAACUGCACGGCUGAAAAAAGGAAAACAUAUCUCUUGCGCUAACCGCCUAAUCAUAAUAACAGUCACUCCUUCACUCGGGCUUAAGAGCUUUAAUGGAUGCGAGUGGCGGCUUUGCAGUAUUAUUAAACACGGCUGAACUGAAGCUGUAAAUGACAUUUAGAGAGAAAAAUGCAAGACAUGCAAGAGAAAUUUGGGUCUAGCAUAUAUCCCAGAGGAGGGGUGGGCAUCAUUUUUACAGUGGGACCUCAACUUACAAGUGACCCACUCGACGUUUGAGUUUUUCUCGAUAUGAGCCAUCGCUUGGACAAUUUAUUUGUCUUGAGUUGUGAGCAAAAACUCGAGUUACAAGCGCUACGGUGGCGCCGCACUUUACAACAAGCAAACGUUUGGCAGAUAACGAACGAUUAUUAAGAAAUAUCAAUUAAACAAAGAGAAUUAUAAUUUGUUUAAAAAUGCUUUAUGAAGUUGAGUUGAGCUGAGUUGUGCAUCCAACCAAACCACACCAACUCAACAGAAGUCCGCGAGCUUAAUGAUAACACACAUUGCAAAACAUCUUAGACCAGCUCACGAAACUGGCAUCAAUGUUGUGAUAAUUAUAAACCUUUUAACACCUUCUAACUUUAGCACAAGCGGUAGCAACCCAUACAGGCAGAGCAUUCAAUAAUACUCACACACAUAUCGGAAUCAGAAUCAGCUUUGGGCAAGUUUGGUACAAGACGCACAAGGAAUUUGUCUAUAUUUUUGUAUUAUUGUCGAUAUUAUUUAUUCUGUGCGAAAUAUAUUUAAAAAAAAAUAAUAUUAUAGCAAUUUAGUUGCAACAGUAUUCUGUGUUAUCAUCCAAUCUUCAUGUCGUAUUUCUGUAUGUAUUAUAUUGCCUCCUGAUGGCCAAGUCGUGCACAUCAGAAUGAGCAGCACAACGCCCAUUGUGUUAUCAUGAUGCACAAGCUGUUUAACUUAAAAUAUGUUAUUACUGUAUGUUUUUA